CCAUAGUUACCUUCCAAUAAAAGAGCAUUACUCCUAAGCAAACUAUAUAGUAUACCUUGAUUAUCUUACUAGUUCUUCCCCUUUCUCCAUUUGCCUAUCCCAAAGCUCAACGCUUUUUCUUCUCCCUCACUCUGUUUGUCCACUCAAACAAGAACCCAAGAAAGCUUUGCUAAAUUAAACUAACUUUUCUUUUAGUAUUGGCGUAAAUCUUUAAAAGUUACCCACCUCGAAUCCAUCAUCAUUCAUCACGACCACUCUCUUUCCCUCUCCAUUUGCAUCAACGUCCAAGUAAAGGAUAGAGUCUUUUCUCUUUCUAGCCUGUCUUGGUAUCUCAUUUUAGUUACUUUGUAUCUGUUGUCAUAUUUUUUUCUUGCAAGCAUGUCUCGAUUUCUUUUCUUUUGAACCGAGGGUCUACCAGAAACAACAUUGCUACCCCACAAAGAAAACAGUAAAGUCUGCGUACAUCCUACCCUCCCAGAUCAGACUUGUGAGAUUACACUGCGUAUGUUGUUGCUUGUAAGUAAAGGGUAGAGUCUUGUUGGUGGAAAGAAAAAGUGGUUUAUUUUUUCUUUCUGUUUCUUGAACUGUAGCUUCAAACCCUUUGUUCAAUGCAAUAAGCUGGUCAAAAAUCCUGGCAGUUUUACGUUGUUGGGUUGUUUAAUUUCUUUGUUGUUGGUUAAUUGGUGAAUUUUUUAAAUUUUAUCUCUUCCUACCUUUUUUGGUGACUCGAAUCCAUAACUUUAGAAUUGAAGGCGGAGAGCACUUACCACCUGAGCAACUCCCUCUUGUCAGUUAAUCGCUAAUGAGACAGAAAGAGGGUACUCUAUUUUUACUCAAUGGGAAGACAUAGUGUUAAUGGUGGUGGUGUUUAUUUUUGGAGGAUUGUGCAACCACCAAGUGUAGCUCCUGUAGCAAAUGGUGGUGAUUUAGAAGGAGAAGAUCAUUGGAGGAACUUUGAUAAUUCAGUAAAUGCUGUGUCAUUUGGUUUUGUUGCGACUGCAAUUCUUAUUUCGAUGUUCUUAGUUAUGGCGAUUUUCGAGAGGUUUCUCCGGCGAAGACCUUCCAGCUCCGGUGGUGGUGGUGGCAGGAAUAGUAGUGAUCUUGUUACUCAAAUGAGGGUUCAGAUGAAGCUUGAUGAUUAUCCAUCUCCUGAGAUGACUUUUUACGCGAAUGGAGUGUCAGUACUGAUGCCUGGAGAAGAAGUUCCUACGUUCAUCGCACAUCCGGUACCCGCGCCUUCUCCUCCAGAAUGUACUUCUCAACCCAUUCAUCAACAUGACGCAUCUUCGAGUCCAGCCUCGACUUCUACUAGCCGUAGCUCCAGUUGACAACAAUACAGAUAUGAAACUGAAAACUUACGGCUAUCACUAUCACAAAACCUCCAUGUGAAAGUAGAUACUUGUACCACUCAUAGAUGAAAACUUAAGGGCUUUUAUUUCCCUUGAGGAACUUGUCAUUGUAUUUACAAAUAGUGUAAUGUGAUUUUGACUACUGGCUUUUUUUUACUACUCCAUGGUAAGUUCCAA